CUUCAUCGUGUACAGUACCAUCUACCAAUGCCUACCUGCCUCUUAUACUGGCUGUCACACUGUGCAAAGCAGUAAUAGCUUGAGGUCUGGUCUGAUAUCUGAUAGGUAGAUGUUUAUGAAGAGGUCAUCCAACUUAUUGACGGGCCGAGUCCAAGACGCGCUCAGAGCCCCCAACUACCAAGUGCCAGUCCGAGCACGUAAAACAGUACCUACCCACUACGCGACUUACACCGUAGCCAUGGUCGCCGCUACCUACGACAAGAUCAAGCAUAAACAGACCAAGACGGGAGCCUCUCGGCGGGCGAGAGUGAACGAAGACUGCGCCAGCAUCCACAAGAUGAUAACUACCGAUAUCGACGUUUCGCGUCACGGGCCGCAGGCCUCGAGGGGCGGAGAGAGGCCCAGAGGAGGGAGAGGGGAAGGCAAAGGCGCAGUUGCAGCCGCGAGCGGAGGGCCGGCUCAUGUUCAUACGCACCUGGCAACAGCCUGCCUGGAAACAUGUCAGGAGACCGUGUGCUCGUCACCGGUAGCUAACCGCAGACGCCGCUCAACCCGCCUCCUAACACCGACUCCGCAGACCACCACCGGCCAACGAGACGGCCCCCCAGCGACGUCGAGCCGCUCCGCUCCGCCCGGUCACACCCCGCCCGCACACCGCCGCAGCUCCGGAGGAGCCGGCGCGCAGGACGUCGGGGCGGGCGGCGUUGGCGCGAGGGAGGAUGGGAGGCAAGGCUCCGGUGCCGAAGCGCAGGCCGUCCGCGGGACCUCCACGGGUCCGCCGUCCGCCGUCCGCCGUCUAUUGCUGGCCGACCCCCCCGCGCACCCCUUCCUCCUAUAAAUAGCCCGAGGGGGGGGGGACAAAGCUCGCUAUGUGCGCCCGCGCGGAGUGGCAGCUGGUAGCAACCUCUUUGUGCCGGCACGCGAGAGCGCGGGCUAAACAUAGCUCACGCCGCCCAAAGAGCCCGCGGCGGCGAACAAUGCUUU